AAGUCUCUUCUUCCCCCAACCAAACCCAAAAAAACACAUUUUACACAGAGAGAGACUCUUCUAACGUGCGCAGCUCUCUCUCCCAAAUCUUAUCCUACGCCUCACCACCAUCUUCUUCUCCGGCAGGAAAAAGAAAAAGAAAAAACCACCACCACCACCACCACCAUGGGGAAAGGCCGUGCUCUUUCGGACGGAGUGAUAAAGAAGAUCAUCCUCUCAUACACCUAUGUCGCAAUCUGGAUCUUCCUCAGCUUCACAGUCAUCGUGUACAACAAGUACAUCCUCGACAAGAAGAUGUACAAUUGGCCAUUCCCAAUCACUCUCACAAUGAUUCACAUGGGCUUUUGCUCUUCCUUAGCCGUCAUACUCAUCAAAGUCUUCAAAGUCGUCGAGCCUGUCUCAAUGUCUCGCGAGACUUAUCUCAGAUCCGUCGUACCAAUCGGCGCGUUGUACUCACUCUCCCUCUGGUUAUCAAACUCUGCUUACAUUUACCUCUCCGUCUCCUUCAUUCAAAUGCUCAAAGCCCUGAUGCCUGUAGCAGUUUACUCGAUCGGGGUCUUGUUAAAGAAAGAGACUUUCAAAUCUCAGACUAUGACUAACAUGCUCUCGAUCUCGUUUGGUGUUGCUAUCGCUGCUUACGGUGAAGCCAAGUUUGAUGGUUGGGGUGUUUUUCUUCAGCUUGGUGCUGUUGCUUUUGAAGCUACGAGGUUGGUUUUGAUUCAGAUCUUGCUUACUUCUAAAGGAAUCAACCUUAACCCUAUCACUUCCCUCUAUUACGUUGCUCCUUGUUGCUUAGUUUUCCUCUCUGUUCCUUGGAUCUUUGUUGAGUUCCCUGUUCUUAGAGAUACUUCCAGUUUCCACUUCGAUUUCGUGAUAUUUGGAACCAAUUCGGUUUGUGCCUUUGCUUUGAAUCUUGCUGUGUUCUUGCUCGUUGGGAAAACCUCUGCUUUGACCAUGAAUGUGGCUGGUGUGGUUAAAGAUUGGCUCUUGAUUGCCUUCUCCUGGUCUGUGAUCAAGGACACGGUCACACCUAUCAAUCUGUUUGGGUAUGGACUUGCUUUCUUGGGUGUUGGAUAUUACAAUCACUGCAAGUUGCAGGCGUUGAAGGCUAAGGAUGCACAGAAGAAGGUUCAAGCAAGUGAUGAGGAAGCUGGGAAGCUUUUGGAAGAGAGGGAAGCUGAAGCUAAACGAAGCGAGACCCAGGAUUGAUCUGAUCUGAUCUGAUUCAAGAAUGCAAUUUCAGAGAAUAAGAGCUUCAAGGGUUACAUUUUGGAAGAGAUUUUUGGAUUUUGCUUCUUCAUAGGUAAUGCAUUAUCAUUGUCGGUGUUGUUGGUCUACGUUUUUAGUUUUGGGAUUAUAUUAUUAAGUUAUGGCUAAUUACAUUACAUAGCAAUUGAUGGGUUUUAGAGGUUUCAUGAAUCUUUUGAACUUCAUUGUAUCUUCUUUUGUUUUUUUUUUUUACUUCCACCUUAUGAACCUAUCUAUUUGGGUAAACAAUUGUUGUAGUAGUAAACUUUUGUUAAAUGUCAAAUUGAAAUUCCCUUUAUAUUUC